AUGGAGAAGCUGGACGACGGCGAGAUCGAGUACACCUUUGCCAACGGCAAUCGGUUUGUGGGGAGCGUGGUGAACGGGGCGUUCCACGGCAAGGGCACGCUGUUCUUGGCUGGCGGCGGUGCGUUUGUCGGCGAGUGGGCCGACGGCAAGGCCCUGUCGGGCGCGUACACCUUUGACGACGGUCUCGCCUACGCAGAGACCGCCUGGGACUACUGCUCCGAGGCCGAUCGCAGGUUCCACUGCGAGCGCGUGACACACAUUCCUCCUGCUGGUAUGACCCUCUUCGCCAACCAGCCUCUGCCGGCGGACGGCGGCGAGAACGCGUAA